GCCAUCAACUAUCGAUAAUAGCUAACGUUGGCGCUUAAAAAUUAAAAAGUAAACAACAUUUUUUUGCUUUGUUAACAGCGCACUGCACUAAUUGCAUAGCUUUGGAAUUAGCUUGCUUGUCAAAUGUCAACUGCAGCUUUGGCAAAUCUCAUUUAAUUACAAGGAUUAGGCACUUUGAAUCCGCACGAGCAACGACACAGAUUAAUUGCGAUUAAAAUUAUAGAGUGCAGCCUGAGAACGGGCGCAACUGAAUAGAAAAUUGGACUGUGUAAUUAAAAAAGCGUAGUCCUCAUGCAUUGUCAUUGUUAAGCAGCCGUGCAUACCUGGCUUUUGGCUCUUCAACUCUACAAUGGCAAAUAAUAUGCGCAUAUUUAAUUAAAGCGGAAUUCUAUGGGCACUUGGCCAAUGAAGGUCGUAUGUCACCAUUGUCAUAUGCCGCACCCACUUGGUGGACAUACAUAUGUAUGUAUGUGUGCCUCCGGGCGAAUAUAUAAGGCAUUGACAAGCUGCCGCGUGCACGGAUUAACUGCAACCAUGGAUGCGGCUUACUUUCUGCGCGUACAGGUCCUGGCAUUUCGUUUGAUGGGCUACGAUUUGUGGAACAGCAGCAGCUCCCACGAUCGUCCACAACUAACGCUGGUGGUUAUUGGCCUGAUGGGCCUCUUUAUGGCACCACUCUUCUUUUCGAUUCUGCAUAACUUGACCAACGUGAGCAUCAUGUCCGAUGCCAUGGGCUCUCUACUGGCCAUAAUGCUAACUCUGGUCAAAUAUUCCGUCUUUGUCUACUAUCGCAAGCGGUUUGUUCAGCUCAUUUAUCGCAUACGCGAUAUUCUCGAGCGGGAGAUCAAAGCCUUGCCGGAGACAGCGGCCAUUGUGGAGGCGGAGAACCGCAGCGAUCAAUCCCUGAGCUUGACCUAUAUGCGCUGUUUCAUUGGCGCCUUAAUCUUUGCUGGCAUUAAGCCGAUUGUCAUUAUGAUAACCACCCGACUGCGCACUGGCCUCACCCACCUGGAGUUGCCCCACUCGGGCGUCUAUCCGUGGAACGAUCAGGCGCCUGUGCCUUAUGCGCCUACCUAUCUGUGGAACCUGAUGGCCAGCUAUGGUGCUGUGACCAUGUCAUUGGCCAUGGAUACGCUGCUUUUUGCCUUUACGUACAAUGUGUGCGCCGUCUUUAAGAUUGCCCAGCAUCGCAUCAGACAUCUGUUGCCCAGGAGUCAAGCCCCGCGGCAGGAGUUUCAGGCAUUGGUGAAGGUGUUGGAACUACAUCAGACGGGUCUGUUGAUUGGUACCCAGCUGGGACACAGCCUCCGCCCUUUGGUUUUUAUGCAGUUCUUUGUAACGGCGCUGCAGCUGUGCUUUCUUGGCUUUCAGUUGGCCGACCUGUUUCCCUCCCCGGAAUGCAUCUACUUUGUUUUCUUUGUGGGCUCCCUGCUUAUCGCCCUGUUCAUCUACUCGCACUGCGGUGAGAAUAUGAAGCAGGCCAGCGCUGACUUUGCAAUUGCUCUUUACGAUAGCAACUGGGUGGACUUUGCGCCGCCAACCAAGCGGCUGCUCAUUGUCGCCAUCAUGCGCGCCCAGCGACCCUGCCAGCUGAACGGCUAUUUCUUUGAGCCCAACAUGGCAACCUUUUCAGCGGUGGUUCGCUCGGCCAUUUCCUAUGUUAUGAUGCUGCGCUCUUUCAGUGCUGCGGAGCAGUCAUAAUCAUGCACCUGGCCAACCGCUCGACAUCAACCUAUCCUAUAAAAUGCGCGCUGCUCUUGCUACCCUUACACUUGCACGGCACAUUAUGAUUUGUCCAUGAAAUGUGAUACGCACUGUGUUUACAAUUUGAUUAUUAUGUUGAAUCAUGUAA